AUGGCUCGUGGAGACUCGACACCACCCGAAUCGCCGCUUUCCUCCAUGGACAACAGCGAUGCCUCUGAUGGCGAGGUCCACGACUACGAGGACGAGUCGCUCCUCCGCCCUUCGAAGCGACAGAAGCUGGGAGCGGCUUCGACGACGUCUCCCGCGGUCGUUGCCGAACCCGAGCCCGAAGCUGUACCCGAGCCAGACCCGUUGGAUGGCAUGUCGGACGUCUCAUCGGACACCUCUGGUGACAUUCCCAGUUCUCCCAUAAAUGCCAAACUAGACGAAGAGGACUUCCAGGAGCAGGUCACGGCUUGUGCCUGGGAGGGCUGCGACGCGGGUGAUUUUGGCAACAUGGAUAAGUUGGUAGACCACAUUCACAGCGAUCACAUCGAGAGCCGACAAAAGAAGUACACGUGUGAAUGGAUUGGGUGCAACCGAAAGAGCAUGGGCCAUGCCAGCGGUUACGCGCUCAAAGCCCAUAUGCGUAGCCAUACUAGGGAGAAGCCCUUCUACUGCUACUUGCCAGAAUGCGACCGCUCGUUUACUAGAUCCGAUGCGUUAGCGAAGCACAUGCGGACUGUUCACGAGACAGAGGCUCUGCGCCCCUCUGACCCAGUCCCCAAGUCGAUGCAGGCCGGCCCUACGGGCAAGGGCAAGCUGAAGAUCAUCAUCAAGACCCCCCAAUCACACGCCGCCGGCCAUGACGACGCCAUGGACGAUGGUGCGGAUGACGAUGAGCUCUCGGCCGACCUGUUCACGCCCCUGACCGAAGAGCAAGGCUUCACUCCCGAGGAGCUCAAGAUACCUCUCGAGAAGCUUUACAAACUUUGCAGAUUCCAAGUCAAAUGGGCCCAGGAUGAAUCAGCGAAGCUCGCGGAAGAAGUGAAGUACUGGGAGAAACAGUACAAGGACCUUUGGCGCGAAAAGGAAGUGCUCUUUUCCCAGGUUGUAAAGAGCGAGGUCGACUGGCAUGAACGCAGACAGGCAGUGCUGUCAGGCGCAGCGGAUGUUCAGCUGUCAGGCGUGCUCGAAAGCCAAGAAGGCAAUGGAGAUGCAACAAAUGGCGAUGGCGCAGGCUCUCAGCAAGAUUCCAGCGCUAAAGAGACUCUGGCCAACGGGGCUAGCUCAGCGGAAGUUGCGGCAGCUAGUUAG